AUCAACGAAUCAGUGAAAGUAAUAAGAAACAGCUUGCUUGUUUGAUGAGACAGAAGAAUAAAGCAAGAGUCAAAAACAAUUCUCUGCAAUCUUCCUCUUCUUCUUGUUUCCAUCAAUGGCAUCAUAUCAGAGGCUUCUCAGGUUUUGCAUCACAAGUUUCACAAUCUUCUUCUGCCUCUUAUCUCUGUCUUCAAGCCAGAAAGUCACACUAAGUCUAUACUACGAAGCCCUAUGCCCCUACUGUGCAGAAUUCAUCGUUAACCACUUGCCUAAGAUCUUCGAAACCGGCUUAAUCUCAUCCAUUGAUCUCCAGCUCAUUCCAUGGGGUAACGCUGUUAUCAGACCAGAUGGCACCAUUCUCUGCCAGCACGGAGAAGCUGAGUGUGCGCUCAACGCAAUUCACGCCUGUGCAAUAAACGCAUACCCUGAUGUGAUGAAGCAUUUUGGAUUCAUCUACUGUACGGAACAGUUAGUCUUGGAGAACAAACUUGAAAAAUGGGCUGAUUGUUUAGAAAUGGUUGGAUUGAGCGGAGCAGCAGUUGAUUGUUACAUUAACGGAUACGGAAACCAGCUUGAGCAGAGGUAUGCUGAAGAAACUUCUGAACUUUAUCCAGCACACAGAUUUGUACCAUGGGUGGUUGUGAAUAACCAACCACUUCAAGAGAACUACCAGAACUUUGUCAUGUAUAUAUGCAAUGCUUAUGGAAGUAACCAAGUACCAGAAGGGUGCAGGAUCCUCAACAGUUCGGUGGAGACACUAAGCAGGUUCGAUAGUUCAGUGGAGAAGCUAAGUAACAGUCACCAAGUUUGCUAUUCCAAUCACUAAGAUUUGAAUCAAAAAUCCUUAAAAUCUCUAAGAUAGUUCAAUAUACAGAAGUGUUUGGGAAAUCAGAAACUGCUUACCAAUCAAAUUUUGCACCUCUCGAAUUCGUUCUACACUUAAGACUGGAUUUGCAACAAUCUGCACAAAUAGAUAAAUAUAGGAUGCACUCUUCU